AUGACGAAAUACACCGUUGCAGCCUUGCAAAUUGGAGCAAGCAAAGAAGGUACACCAAAGACUGUUGAAAAGAUUUUGAGCUAUGAACAAGAGCUUAUCGACAAAAAAGUGAAGUUGGUGGUGCUCCCAGAGGCUACAAUCGGAGGAUAUCCAAAGGGAAGCCAAUUUGGUACGUACUUGGGUUACCGUUUGCCUGAAGGAAGAAAAGAGUUCGUUGAGUAUCAUAAACAGUCGAUCGAAGUCCCGGGCCCUGAGAUCUCCCAAUUAGAAGGGUUAAGUAAACGAACGGGCACAAUGAUAGUGACUGGAGUCAUAGAAAGGGGCGGAAGUACGUUGUACUGCACAAUGGUUUACAUUGACCCCGAUCAGGGUUUCGUAGGUAAGCAUAGAAAAUUAAUGCCUACGGCCACGGAAAGAUUAGUUUGGGGCCAAGGAGAUGGUUCAACGCUCUAUGUUGCCGAAUCAAAGGAGUUGGGGGGAAUUGGAGGCGGUAUUUGCUGGGAGAAUUACAUGCCUUUAUACCGCGCGGCAUAUUAUGCGAAAGGCUUAAACAUUUAUGUUGCACCCACUGUUGAUGAUAGAGAGAUCUGGGCAUCUUUAAUCAAGACCAUUGCCGUGGAAGGUCGUCAAUUUGCUAUUUCAGCUGUUCCUUUUUUGUCCUGGGAGGAGCACACCCGCGAUGUCCCAGGCUAUACCCGGGAACAGCCUAUCAACGGUGGUUCAUUGAUUGUCGAUCCAUACGGAGAAGUUUUAGCUGGUCCUUUCGUGGGAGAAGAAGGCUUGUUGACGGCUGAAAUUGAUUUAGACAUUAUUCUUGAGGCCCGUUACGACCUUGACCCUACUGGACAUUAUACUCGUCCUGAUGUCUUUAAAUUGACUGUUGACGAAAGACCAAGAGGUGUUGUGUUUGACAAAUGA